AUCACUCCUCCAAUAGCUUUAAGUAGGACACACUUUCCUCAUGCUUUUAUUUUCCUUCCGCACUCUCUGAACGAGGACCUCUUUCACAGAAACCAUGAGUAAGUCCGGCACCCUGAAAAUAAAGGGCUUGUUUAAAUUAAAAUCACCUGAUAAAGACAGCAAGGAGCAGAAACGGUCGGGCACCCUCAAAGAUGGAGCAGCUACCAGCCCCGCGAGCCCCGCGAGCCCCGGUGCCCUCAGCCCGGGAUACAACGCCACACUGGCCGAUGAUGUGUUACCCAUUUCCCCUAAAGUAAAGAAGGAAAAGCGGCUGUUGCCGUUCAGGCUGAAACGGAAGAAAUCCAAGCACAAAGAAGAAGAAGGAGGAGGAGGAGGAGACGUGUUCUUCCCUGAUGAACUGGACAGCUUCCACAGCCACCUGAGCUAUGACCAGAUCAGUGUUUCCACAGAGUGCAGUUACCAGACUGUAUCGGACUGGUACACUCAAUCUGAGUCCACCUCCAUGAUCAGCUUUGACAUGACUCAGCCACACAGCCCAUCUUCACCCACCAAAUUCUUCAAGAGUUCGGAGGAGAACAGGGGAGUGCUCAGUCGCCUUAGCAAUUUCUUGAGGUCCAAGAAAAAGAAGAGCAGCAGUAAGCAUCAUUCAGACUCACUUUCCCCAACAUCCCCCUUGUCUCCAAGUUCACCCCAGUCUCAACAGGAGGAUGGGCCAAGGACUCCGACUCCUUCUCGAAGAGACAGUGAGCUAAUGGGGCCUCAUUAUGGAGGCUCUUCCAGAAUGGGAGCAGAGCUUGAUGACAGACUCAGCCAAAACUCCAGUCCCAGUGCCUCGAGUGUGGUUUCUCUGCUGACAGAUGGAGCAGAGCUACCGUUCGCAGACAGCAAUAGCAGUGGCCGAAGCAGCGUGAGGGAGGCGCACGUGCGCAGGGUCAGCACAGCCAGCAGUGAAAGGAAUUCUGGGAAUGUGACUCCCACCCCACUGGACCCUGCUCCUACCACUCAGGCAAGUGCUGAUUCCAGCCCAGAACGGGGCUUUGCAGAGUCAGUGGUGAAGGAAGUCAGCAAGAGGCUGCAUGUCAGUUUGGAAGAAGAUAUUCAGAAGAAUACAGAGGGUUCCAGGGAGGAUGUCGCAGUUAAUCAAACCACACAGCUGACAUUGAAUAUCCCCAUUUCCAAGGCAGCUGAGGCCCCGAAGUCUCCUAACCUAACCUCUAUAAGUUUAGCAACAAAGAAAUCAUCAGUGAAAGUUGGAGAGAAGGGGCACAGCACUGCCCUGAGUGGAAUCACUUUACGCCCUCAGUCGUCCAUCUCACACCACAUCACAACUGAACAGGAAGACUCUCCAGACACAGCGAGGGAGAACAAGAGGAGGGGUCAGCUAUUCUCUUGGAGCACUGUCGCCACAGCAUUGGGCCCUUCGCCUGAGAAAGAGCCUACAGAUGAUUCUCCUAUCCACCUUCACAAAGCCAUAUGGGUGGAAACACACCUGGGACCGGAGGAGGAAGGGGAGAGGGAGGGGGAGGAAGAUAUAAUGAAACAAGGGGAGGAAGGCUUCAGAGCAGACUCGCCUCCCGUGCUGGCUAUACCUGUCAGAGUAAUUCCUGAGGACGACUCAUUACCUCAGUGCACUACGGACAAAAGGCCUUCCACCCCCUCAGAGACUGUGCCGUCCAGUUCCAGCUUGCCAGAAUCAGCCACCUCCUUGGCACCGACUACAGGGGAGUUCCAAACAACCUCACCACAGCCAGAGGAGCCCGACACGGGCACAGGCUCAAAGCAGGGUUCACUCAAGGAGAAGCGCAGAUCGAGAGAAGUCCGUGUUACGCGUAAGACUGUGAAUCUGCCUUCGAAGCACAAAGUUUUUGCCCACAAGGUGUACGUUAGCCCAGAGCCAAGUUUGGAUGAGAGCGAAGCAGCGGAAGAGGAGCUCAGCAGAGAUUCAACUACAAAGACUUCAGAUACAACAGAAGUGAAACCACUGCCAAGCCUCCAAAACAACAAUGUGGAACUCAAAGAAGCCAACCUUGAGCCACUGCCAACACCAGAUGAGAUGACGCACUCUGACACAAAUACUCCUGAGCCCAUAGUUAAAGAAAAAACAGACUCUGAGGCCUCUGACUUUGAUGGUACCUCUGCAGCCUCUGAUAUGUACGGGGCAAAGUCACAAGCGGUAGGGUCAAGGGUAAGAAGCCAAGGGACUAACCAGGCUACACCCUCUAAACAAGGGGUUAAAGCAGCAGCAGAAAGUCGGCAUACCACAGCAAGUGGAGCAAAAACUCCAUCCUCAGCAGCUGGCAGUAAGGCCAAAACUGUGACAACAAAGACCAAGGCCUCCACAGAGAGCACAAAGGUGGGAACUUCCAGUGACAUGCCACCACAGACAGAGCCUGGCAAUGAUAAAACAGUUUCUAUGUUACCAACAUCAAAAGACCAAAGCACCAGUGGUCCCUCAAGUCCAACAGGUUCAAAGUCUAAAAUCCCCAAAAGGUCACCAUCAGAUGCUGAUGUCAAAUCACCAGUGACAGCAGAUAAAACAUCAGUGACUGAUGCCUCUGGGUCAGUGGUCACUUCCAAACUGCAGAAACAACCCAGAACCAAAGAGGCUUUGAAAUCACCAGUCACUACAACCAAAGUUGGCAGGAAACAAAGUUUUGAAGAAGCCAAGGGAGGGAAAGCUCUGUCCGGAGACAUUUCUCCCACAAAAACAACUCCCAGGACAGGAACAAAGCUUGUUAAAGAAAAGCCAGAUGACGACAGUGACUCUGUAAACCUGUUAAAUGGCAUGGAGAGAGAUCAAGAGGAGAGCAGUAUUAAAACAGCACACCCAACUGACAGGGAGGGCCUGGAUGUCAAAAAACAAGGGCAAAACCGUGUGGAGAAUAAUGCCCCCGUGACACCAAAGAGUCGGUUGCCCAUUUCAUCUCCGACAAGGAAGAAGAACGAUGAGAUAACUCAAACAAGUGGCACCAACUAUAAGAAAGUGACAUCUAGUCAGACAGAUUCUGACAAAUCCAAGACAGUCCAGAAGCAGAGUCCAGAGCAGCAAGAAGUAUGUCCUAGUAGUGAGACAUCACCCGCACUCCCCGAAAGUCCCAAGAAAGGAAGCAUGCUGUCAACCACACCAUCCAAACCCCUAUCUAAAAGAAGCAUUAGCCAUGAAGAGAGUGACACAUCCACCUUGAGUGUCUCUCCACCUCCCACCAAGCAAGAAAAAACUGUCUCAUUGAGGCUCCCCAAACAGGGCGACAACAUCAAACACCAGAAAAGUACAGUAAAGGAUUCAGCUGAUCCUUCAUCACCUGUAAGCAAGCUUCCUACAAGGGGUCAGAGAAGCCCCAGCAAAGUAAAACCCAGAAAACUUUCACCAACUAAAAAAUCUGCCCCCACAUCCACAUCUGAACAGGAGGACUCUAAUCAGAACACAGAGUCAGUUGUCUCUGACAAUGCUAGUGGUGAUGGAUUUAAAUCCAAGUCUCUGUCUUCAGAUGAACAAGAGCAUGUGAUAAAAGUCAAAGACAAUCAGUCUGAUAUCAGUGAAAACAAACUGAAAGUAAAAGAGACAAAGGAAUCAGAGGAAAGCAUAACCAGUCCUGCAACUGAGGAGAUUUCAAAAAUCCAACCAAUGCAAAACAACGAUGCAAUUACUACAGAAAACACUCAGGUAAAAGUUACAUUAGUUACAGGCUCAGGGGCUGAGAUACUGGCUAGCGGUGAGGUUGCCAAAGCAAGUCCAUCUGAGACGCCAGCUGUUCCUGUAAUUAAUGCUGAGACUGAUUACCAGGAAGGACAGCAUGAGACCAAACAACAAACAAAAGUUGAGUCUCCACCUAAGAAAUCUCACGUUCAAAGGGACAACACCCAACAGGAACAGGAGGCACCGUCUUCACCAAAGAUUUGUACAGAGGAAGUUAAAGAAAAAGACGUUUCAGAGACAGACCAGCUAAUAAGUAACAUAAAACCAAAUUUAAUCCAGGAGAGAGGCCUUCCAGAGCCAGAUUCUGCUGUGCUGGCUCAGAAAACAAUAUCACCUUACCAUGAGGAUAUAAGUGAUAUUUCAGCCAAACCUGCUGUAGUUGACAGCACUCACUGUGACAUAGUGGCCCACAUUGAUAAGGAAGGUGCUAUGCCUGAUAGUGUAACCCUGAAAGAAACAAACAAAGUCACUGCUAAGCAACAUAACAGCAGAAUUAGUCUUCCUGCUAAAUUGGCCUCAAAAGACCAAGACACUGAGCCAAAAGAUGUACUUUCAGCCACAUCCAUUGCUGUUGAUGCUGACCUGGCCAGCACAGAGCAGCAAAAGAAGUUACUGAAGGAUCAAACCACAAAUACAAUUCUUAAAAAUGAUAGAUUGCCCAUAUUAAGCAGAGAUUUAGUAAAAGAUUUUGAAGUAGAGAAGGAAAGUAAAGAGGAGGCUGGCAGGAAACCAGCAGAGGCUUUGGACAUUCAAACAGAAGCUGUGACUGUUUGUGAAUUGCCCAAGAAUGUUGAAAAUCAGCUGGACAAUGGGCCUCUUUUACUGGCAGGAGAAUCUGAAAGACAGGAGAAAGACUCAAAACCAAAUGAAAAGCUGAAUGACGCAGCGGUGGAAAGCACUGACUCACAAAAGAGUUGCAAAAAGGAGCUCAAGGGCAUGACUAUUAAGCAUGAGACUGAGAGAGACGUCACAAAAACACAGAUGCCAGCAGAUCUAUCAUCAGAGGAGAAGCGUAUACAGCCUGACUCGGAGGAACGACCACACACGGCAGUUUCGGAAGCCCUGGCAGAGAAGAAAAUAGAGGCAGAGCAAGCAAGAAGUACACUCCCUGAAAAUACAGCCAGUGUGGUUGAUUCAAAGCAGGAGAGUGAGAUCAUCUUAAAGGAGAAUGCAGAGAGAGGUGAUAAGGAGACUGAUCAAGAGAUGAAGACAUCAACUGUGAAAAAUGAACAGGAACCCAAGGUACUUCUAACCAAUGCUGAGAAGGUCAGGGAUAAGGAAGCAAAUCAGCGGGACAAACAGGCCGACGUAAAGAAGAGUCAAACUCCAGAAAUAAAAGCUGUGAGCUCUAAAACUACAACUACUAAAGAAGAGAAUGAAACAAAGGAUUUGCUGAUGAAGAAUUUACAGAAUGAGAUUUCAGAUGAGACUGCUGACUCUGAGGUUAAGAGCGACAAGGACCAGAAGACCUUAAUUGCUACAGACAAAGAUAAGGACAUUAACAAAAGAGAUGCUCAUAGAUCAGCAGAAACUAAAUGUCAAAUUGCUAACCUAGAACAGAAACCUAAGACAGAAAAAGCUACACAGAAGACAACAGAAAGCCAAGUUUUACAAAUGGAUACAACUCAAGAACUAAAACCAGUAAGCAGUGAAACCCAGGGCACUGUAGGUACUAAAAUUAUGAAUGUUAAUUGUGAAGAUAGCAUCCAACAAGACCAGAUGUCCAUAACUGUUAAAGAUCAACAUGAGGAUAUAACCAAACCAGAUAUAAGCAAACCAACAGAAUCCAAACAUCCAGAUACUGACCAGAAACAACCAGAAAUAGUAACAACAGAAGCUCCAGAGAAGAUAUCAGAGAGCCAAACUCAAGAACUCAAGAUUGUCAGCAUCAAAACUCAGAGUGCAGAGGGAGCUAAACAGAAGACUGAAACAAAGGAUUCAUCAAUUAAGAGUUUGGUAGGGAAGACAACAACUGCAAAUUCUAACUGUGAAGUUAGCAACGAACAGGAUGAAAAGUCUGUAAUGGUUAGAGAUCAACAUGAGAACAUAACAAAACCAGAUACAAGCAAACCUCCAAAUACAGACCUAAAACAGAGACCGCAAAGAACAGAUGCUCCAGAGAAAAUAUCGGAAAUUCAAGAACCAAAGGUUGUGAGUACCCAAAGUCAGAGUGCUGGAGGUAUCAAGGAAAAGACUUACACAAAGGAUUCGUCAGUUAAAAGUUUGGUGAUUGAGAUAGCAAUGACAUCAGAAGCUCCAAAGAAGCAAUCAGAAAGCCAAAUUCAAGAACCAAAAGUUGUAAGCACUAAAAGCCAGAGUGAUGAGGGUGUUAAGGAAAAGACUGAAACAAAGGAGUCAUCACUUAAGAGUUUGGUGAAUGAAACACCAAUGAGUACAGACGUUUCAAAGAAGCAAUUAGAAAGCCAAAUUCAAGAACCAGAGGUUCUAAGUACUAAAGCUCAGACUGCAGAGGGAACAAAAGAGGAGACUGAAACAAAGGAUUCAUCAGGUAAGAGUAUGGUGAAUGUGACAACUGCUGAUGCUACCUCUAAAGUUAAAAACCAGGAGGAUCAGAAGUCAAUAGUUGUUAGAGAUCACCAUGAGGACAUAACAAAACCAGAAGCAAGAAAAUCAACAGAAUCCAAACGUCCAAAUACUGACCUAAAACAGGAACCAGAAAGAAUAAAAGCUUCAGAGAAGAUGCCAAAAAGCCAAAUUCAAGGACCAAAGAUUGUAAGCACCAAAACACAGAAUGCUGAAACUAUCAAGGAAAAGACUGAAACAAAGGAUUCAUCAAGAAAGAGUUUGGCGAAUGAGAUACCAGUGAGAACAGAAGCUCCAAAGAAGCAGUUAGAAAGCCACAUUCAAGAACCAAAAGUUGUAAGUACCAAAUCUCAGAGUGCUGAGAAUAUCAAGGAAAAGACUAAAACAAAGGAUUCAUCAGUAAAGAGUUUGGUGAACAUGACAACUGCACGUGCUAAUGCUGAAGUGAGAAACCAAGAACAUCAGAAGGCCAUAAUUGUUAGAGAUCAGCCUGAGAACAUAACAAAACCAGAUGCAAGAAAGUCAACAGAAUCCAAACAUUCAAAUACUGACCUAAAACAGAAGGCAGACAGAACAGAAGCUUCAGAGAAGCAGUCAGAAAUUCAAGAACCAAAAGCUGUAAGUACCAAAACUCAGAGUGCUGAAGAUAUCAAGGGAAAGACUAAAACAAAGGAUUCAUCAAUAAAGAGUUUGGUGAUUGAGACACCUGUGAGAACAGAAGCUCCAAAGAAGCAGUUAGAAAGCCAACUUCAAGAACCAAAAGUUGUAAGUACCGAAACUCAGAGUGCUGAAGAUAUCAAAGAAAAGACUGAAACAAAGGAUUCAUCAGUAAAGAGUUUGGUGAAUGUGACAACUGCUGAUGCUAACUCUGAAGUAAGAAACCAAGAAGAUCAGAAGUCCAUAAUUGUUGGAGAUCAGCUUGAGAACAUAACAAAACCAGAUGCAAGAAAAUCAACAGAAUCCAAACAUCCAAAUACUGACCUAAAACAGAAGGCAGACAGAACAGAAGCUUCAGAGAAGCAGUCAGAAAUACGAGAUCUAAAGGAUGCAAGUACCAAAACUCAGAGUGCUGAAGAUAUCAAGGAAAAUACUAAAACAAAGCAUUCAUCAGUCAAGAGUUUGGCGAAUGAGACACCAGUGAGAACAGAAGCUCCAAAGAAGCAGUUAGAAAGCCAACUUCAAGAACCAAAAGUUGUAAGUACCAGAACUCAGAGUGCUGAAGAUAUCAAAGAAAAGAGUAAAACAAAGGAUUCAUCAGUAAAGCGUUUGGUGAAUGUGACAACUGCGGAUGCUAACUCUGAAGUAAGAAACCAAGAAGAUCAGAAGUCCAUAAUUGUUAGAGAUCAGCCUGAGAACAUAACAAAACCAGAUGCAAGAAAAUCAACAGAAUCCAAACAUCCAAGUACUGACCUAAAACAGAAGGCAGACAGAACAGAAGCUUCAGAGAAGCAGUCAGAAAUUCAAGAACCAAAAGUUGUAAGUACCAAAACUCAGAGUGCUGAAGAUGUCAAAGGAAAGACUAAAACAAAGGAUUCAUCAGUAAAGACUUUGGCGAAUCAGACACUGGUUAGAACAGAGCCUCCAAAGAAGCAGUCAGAAAGCCAAAUUCAAGACCAAAAUGUGAGCACCAAAACUCAGAGUGCUGAUGACGCCAAAGAGAAGACUAACACAAAAGAUUCACCAAUAAAGAGUUUGGUGAAUGAAAUUGUAAUCGAGAAUGCAAACUCUGAAGUUAGCACCCUUAAGGACCAGAAGCCCUCAAUUAUCAUAGAUGAACCUGUGGAGAUUAAGAAACAAGAUGAAAACACAGAUCAACCCAAAGAUUUCAAAGCCCCAAAUACUGACCCAGUUCUUCUUGUAACUGGGAAAGAAGCCAAUAAGACUGAUAAGAAAAAAAGAAAAGAAUUUAAAGAGGGUGAUAAAAUUAAAGUAACAAAGCCAAAGGAUCAGCAGGUGAAGGCAUCAAAGACAGAUGCCAAGCAAGAGUCAGAAAGCAUUUCCAUAAAUGAUGCAUCUGGCAAAAAAGUUGUUGGAGAACAAAAAGAAAAGCCCACUGUUGUUUCAGAUAAAGUACUUGAUAGCACUGAUGCUCAGAAGAAUGAUGGAGUCACCAAAGGGACAACCAAAACAGAAAGUAGUUUGAAACAGGAACGGCAGACUUUCAGAGAAGAGAAAAUCAUAAUAAACCUUACUGAUCUACAAAAGUCUGCAAAGCCAACACUCAAUGGCAGUUCAUCUCUGUCUGCGACAGCAGAAUCAUCUCCAUCUAGCUGGUUAGAUGUGGAGCAUCAAAAACCUAAGAAGAAGGAACACAAAAGAAGACUAAAAGCCUCAGCCAGUGAGGACAAAUCUCUUGAGCCUGAUGACAUUGAUGAUUUUAUCAGGAGCAUUAAGGAGGGAAGCAUUCCAUUCGCACUACCUCCUAAAAGGCAUAUUCGUAAAAAGUCUCCAUCUCCACCUUUUGCCAUGCCGUCCAUCAGGGAGGACCACUUUGAGAAAGCAUUUGAUCCAGAGGAAUUCAAGUUUGGCUUAAGAAAAAAUAGCAAAUGUUUUAAGGAUCCUUCCCCGGCUAUGGUAAUUAAACAAAAAGCAGCUAAUAGGGAAGGACGGACUCUGGAAAGACAUGGACAAGAUAAUGCCAUGCACACAUUUAGAGAUGAAAUUAAAUCACUUGAUGAGGUGGAAGGAAAAGAUAAGGGGACAAAUAUUGAAGCAGGAAAAGAAGAGGGACAAAACAAUGGAGAAGAACCUGGAAAACUGACGUCACGACUUGAAAGGAUGUCCAUCCUCUCCAGCCUACUGAGUUCCCCUCGGUCCUCCAGGAAGAGCAAAAAGGAAGCUACCUCUGCCUCCAAUAGCACACUUCCCAACCAACAGCAGGGCCUGCCAUCGCUUGGAAAGCAGGGAGCUGUUGAUUCACCUCUGCCUGCCUCUCAAGCAGAUAAGAAGGGUGUGGAAGGUCAAGAUCAAGGCCCACUUGUAGGUGGUGGUAUGGGUACAGUUAGUGAGUCAGCAAUCAGCUCCUCCUCUCCUCCUCCUUCUCUGCCCUCGUUCUCAGAGAUAAAGCUGCCUGAUCAUUUAGAGAAAUACCUCAAGAAGAGCAAAUCAGAGUCCGAGGCCUCCCGGGGCUCUACACAGAUGGUUGAAACUAAACUGAAUCCUGAUGGUGCCGUGAUGGACCAGGUCUCGACAGCAGGAAUACCAAAUGUGGAUGUGAGCCUGAAGGGCCCUGCAGGACUGCCUCCAACCAGCAACAAUACCCAGCAGAGUUCUCGUAAUGGACUUACUACUUCUACACCUAAGAUACCAGCAAUAAAAGGGUUCCACAAAAGGCCUGGAAAGAUUGUCAUACAUGAACAUGCUCAGUUUGGAGGGCAGGCAUUUGAACUCUACCGUGAUGUAGAGGACGCCACUGCAAUGAAACUGUCACCCAUCAUCUCAGUCAGAGUCAUCAGAGGGUGCUGGCUCCUCUAUGAAAAACCUGGCUUCCAGGGUCGUAUCAUUGCCCUUGAGGAAGGUCCUACAGACCAAAUAUUGAAUAUGUGGGCAGAGGAAGGAACUCCGACGACACUAGACCAGAUGGGUCAGCCUAUACCAACAGCGCCUUUGGUCAUAGGUUCUAUUCGAUUGGUAGUUAGAGACUAUAGCGUACCCCGAAUUGACCUGUUUGCAGAGGUAAACGGUUUGGGAAGGGUGUCAUCUUACUGUGACGACACUGUGGAGAUUGGCUCCUAUGGGAUCCCACUGACCACUGGCUCCAUUAAGGUUCAUUCUGGAGUCUGGCUGGUGUACACCAAUCCAGGGUUUGGAGGUUUUGUUGGAGUGCUGGAAGUGGGGGAGUAUCCCUGCCCACAGGCCUGGGGUUUCCAUGAGCCCUUUGUUGGGUCUCUCAGACCCCUUCGAAUGGGACCAAUAAAGGUGGAGCACCCUCAUGAUUUCAAGGCCUUAGUGUUUGAGAAGCCCAACUUUGAUGGAGAGAGCAUCGAGGUCGACAGUGACACGUACAACUUGCAAGAAGAACCGGAAGGAGAACAAACAGGCAAACCAGACGAGAGCAAGAAGACGUUGUCUACAGUGGGGUCUAUAAAGAUCCUUAGUGGUCUCUGGGUGGGCUAUCAAGAGGCAGACUUCGAAGGCCAGCAGUACAUCCUGGAGGAGGGGGAGUAUCCUCACUGCAGUGACUGGGGAGGAUCUGAGGAUGGGCUCCUUUCUCUUCGCCCCGUGUGCUCGGAUUUCCUGUCCCCUCAUGUUAAACUGUUCAGCGAGCAGCACUUUGAUCAACUGGGGCUCCAUGCGGACUUGCUGGGUCCCGUCCCGAGCUUGGAGGACGUUGGCCAUGGUUGCAAAACUCAGUCCGUCAAUGUCAUGGGUGGAGUGUGGGUGGCGUUUGAAAAGCCUGGAUUCAGUGGAGAGCUCUACGUGCUGGAGAGAGGCCUGUAUGCAAGCCCAGAGGACUGGGGAGCCCAGAACUACAUGAUCUCAUCCAUACAGCCGGUCUUCCAUGACACACUGAUGGGAACAACAAAAUUCAAGAUGCAGCUGUAUUCUGAGCCAGACUUCCAGGGAAGGCUGGUGACUCUGGAGGACAGCGCAUCAGCUCUGGAUGACGACUUCGUACCUAAGUCCUGUAAAGUGCUGGCUGGCAGCUGGGUGGCGUAUGAAGGAGCUCAGUUCACAGAGGACAUGUAUGUGUUGGAGGAGGGAGAAUACCCCAACACAGAGACCAUAGGCUUCCUGUCCUCAGAGUCUACCAUUCGCUCCAUACAGACUGCCGGACAUGAGUUCUCUCUGCCCUCCAUCAUCUUGUUCAGCAAGGUUGGCUGCAGAGGUCGCAGAGCGGUGCUGAGAAACGGAGCUGUGAACCUGCUGCAGGCAGGCCUCGACACACGCACACGCUCCCUGGUGGUGGAGGGAGGAAUGUGGGUGCUAUAUGAAGAGAGUAACUACCGUGGUCGACAGCUGCUCCUCCAGCCAAGUGAAGUGGGUGACUUCUGGGAGUUCAGUGGCUGGCAGCAAAUAGGAUCCUUACGUCCAUUACUCCAGAAACAGAUGUACUUCCGUCUGCGGAGCAUGGAGACGGGAUGUGUGAUGUCCCUGACAGGAACUUUGGAUGACAUCAAGCUGAUGAGGAUUCAGGCUGUGGAGGAGAUGGGAGGGCUAGAGCAGGUCUGGCUCUAUCGGGACGGGCAGCUUACCUGCAAGCUGGUUGAGGACUGUUGCCUGGAGACUACAGGAGGUUUGUUGAUGGAGGGCAGCAGGCUUUGUGUCACCCCGGAGCGAGGCAAAGGCAACAACCUGUGGAACAUCACCCCGGACGGACGAGUGCACUGCCACCUCAAACCUGACCUGGUCCUGGAGGUCAAAGGUGGUCAUCAGUAUGACAAGAACCAGGUGAUCCUCAACACGUAUGAUGAGAGAAAACUGAACCAAAGAUGGACCCUGGAAGUCCUGUGAUCAUAUCAGCUUCAACUUGCCAGACAUGCCAAGUCAUACUGAACCCUGUGAUGCAGCUCCACUGUAGAGCCCACACCACAGUGAUGGGUCCAGUAGGAGGUUUUGCGUGAUCACUGCACUCGUUUGUAGUGUUUUAACUCUUGUUUUCUCCUCUGGAGGAGGGUGACCUUUAACUGGAUAUACUUUAUAACUAUUCUCAUAGUGUUAAUUGAGUGAAUGAGUAUCAUAAAAGCAUUGCUUAUGUUUGCCACUUGAUUUCAAACACUGUUUACCAAAGACUUCAGGCACCCCUCUCUGUGUCGUCACUGCAUGUAGUGAGAACUCAGCCCUGUUUCAAUGCUGCAUACUUCCCUUUACUUAAUGGUACUUUUCUACUGCAUGGUUCCAACGUCUGUCUUCUGAUCAUAAUGUUGGCAAAUAUGAAUGUAUAGUGUAUAUUGACAGCUGUUAUAUGAAGUCCGAUGUGCCUACACUCCAGAGAUGUAUGUCGACUAAGAUGUUUUCUUUUUGUGAAUAGAUCAAAAAUGAUCUAUUUUAGAGUUUUAAUAUCUGCUUAGGACUUUUUACACAAACUGGACUUUACUGCACGAGGUUGUAUAUAAGCAUCAAGUGUAUAGAUCUUAGUUUAAAUUUCAAAGCAGGGCUGCAAUAACACUGCUGCCCACUGUUGAUUGUAAAUAUGUGAAUGUCCAAGAGAAAACUGUUACACAUGAAAAUAAGAAUGAUUCUCUCUAUUGUCUUUUUUAGAAAAUAAAGCAUUUUCUGUGUUUUAA